AUGGAUUACCAAUUCGGACUUGGACGUCUCCGACCACCGACUUGUCAUCGAUGCCCAUUCGUCGUAUUUAAACACUUGCGACUCGCGAUCUCACGGAGGUCGUCAUCAUUGGAAACAAUUGAUCUGAGCUCUCUCAGGCUGUUAUACCCUCGCAUCUGUACCUUAACUCCAAACUCCAACGUCUCAGUCACCAUGGUGGGCAUCAAUGAAGUCCGCAAAUCCAACGUCGCUCUCCACGCCCGCGAAGGAGACUUCGUCGCAGUCUUCGUGGGAGGAACCAGUGGCAUCGGCGAAGCAACAGCCAAGGAGCUAGCCAAGACCAUCAAAAAGCCGACAAUCCAUCUCGUGGGACGAAAUCAAGCCGCCGGAUCCAAGAUAUUAGAGGAAUUGAAAUCAGCCAAUCCCGAUGGGACCUUUCAUUUUAUUCAAUCGGACGUCUCACUUCUCCGGAAUGUAGACGAAGCGUGCUCGGAAAUCAAGCAGAAGGAAAAGGCGAUCGAUCUAUUAUUCCUCUCGACGGGACAUCUUGCUGCCUCGAAACAAAGUAAGGAGAACCACACAUAUCCAUCAUUUGAGUACGUGGCAGCUAACUGUAAAGUAGAUACAAGCGAAGGCCUCGAAAACAAUCAUGCCCUCCGUUACUACUCCCGCAUGCGCUUCGUCCACAAUCUCCUCCCGCUGCUCAGCGCAUCCAAAGCCCCAGCUCGUGUCGUGAGCGUCCUAGCUGCCGGCCAGGAAGGUAAAAUCGAAGAAGAUAACCUCGACUUACAAAAGUCGUGGUCCAUCAUGAAAGCCGGCAUGUAUGCGGCGACCUUAAACUCCCUCGCCGCAGAACACCUGGCCACGCUGUACCCAUCCAUCAGUUUCGUUCACGUAUUCCCCGGCAUUGUCCGCACACCUCUCAUGAACAAGACCAUGGGCUCGAUCGCCGGUUCAAUCGUUAGCUUCCUUUCGCGACCGAUGUCGAUUUCCUCGCAGGAGAGUGGUGAGAGGCACGUGUUUAUCUCGACCUCCGCUGCUUAUCCGCCCGCUGCGCCUGAGGAUCCAACAAACGCAGGAGUGCCACUUGUGGAAGGGGUGAAGACAAGCGUAGCUUCGACUGGGAAAAUCGGUGGGGGAUCGUAUAUUCUUAACUAUGAUGGGGCCAAUGCAGCAAAUGAGAAGCUUAUGAGCGGAUAUCGGGCGGAGGAUUUCCCGAAGAAGAUCUGGGCUCAUACCCUGGAGACGUUUAAGAAGGUGUUUGAUCCGUCGCAGUAA